UGGCCCUAAAAUGAAUGAAUGAAUGAAUGAAUGAAUGAUAAAUAAAUAAAUAAGAGAUACUCUCAGAAUUCUGGAAUUCCGUGAUGCUGAAAUUCUAGAAGUUUCGGACUCCAUAAAACAGCCCUGUGUGAACGCUCAUCAGAAGAUAUGAGUACUGACAGUGAGAUGAGUGAAGACAUGACACUAUGGGAAGUGCUGAACGAGAUGCGGUUGGAGGAGGAGCUAUGCGACGUGGUGCUCAGAGUGGACGAGGUGGAAUUCAAGGUCCACAAGAUCAUCCUCUGUGCGAACAGCCCAUAUUUCAGAUCCCUGUUCAUCAGAUGGAGCAGCUUGGAUCAGAAGGUGUACACCAUGACGAAUGUAUCUCCAGACAUCAUGGCGAUUAUAAUCCAUUACAUCUACACCCAGGAGAUUCGAGUCACCACUGAUAACGUGCAGGCUGUGUUGGUCAUGGCCGAUUACCUGCUCAUGCGAGACCUUGUUUGCGACUGCUACGACUUUCUGAAAGCACAUCUCAGCCCAGAAAACUGCUUAGGGAUUUGGCAGUACGCAGACACUUACUCGUUCAGAAAGCUGCAGGAUCGGGCCUACACCUACGCAUUGCGUCACUUCGAGGACGUCGUUCGGUCAAAGUCCAGUGAGUUCUUGGAGCUGAACGAGGAGCAGCUCGGCGGCAUCCUGGAGAGGGAUGAGCUGAACGUCAAACAGGAGAAAACGGUGUUCGAAGCUAUAAUCAUGUGGAUCGAGCACGAACCCGACAUCCGAAUACAGCACAUCGCUAACCUGCUGCUGAAGAUCUACAUCUGUGGAGGAUUCAACGGAGACGAGUGCCUUUUCACGGCCGAGUGUUUCGACCCUCGUUACAAUCAGUGGACACGAAUCGAACGGAUGCACGUCCGAAGAAGUGGCGUGGGCGUCAUCGCUCUUAACAACCAAGUGUCUGCGAUGGGGGGUUUUGAUGGAGCCCAACGUCUGCAGUGCCUCGAAGCCUACAACCCUCGUACCAACUCCUGGAGAAUGCUUGCCUCCAUGUUUAACCCACGAAGCAACUUUGGCGUCGAGGUGAUGGAUGGCCGCUUGUACGUGGUUGGCGGCUACAGCACUGACGGCACCACAUCCAACUGCGAAUACUACGACGAAGAGAGCAAAGACUGGUUUGACGUCCAGGACAUGAAUGUCUUCCGCAGUGCGCUGAGCUGCUGCGUGAUUUCCGGGCUUCCCAACAUCACCGACUACAUCGUCGCGUACGAUGACUUUCUCUAGACGUGGAGCUUUUUUAUAUGAGCACCUGAUAAGCGGUCAGGUACGGUGUACACAGGCUUUCUGAAUCCAGAUAGCUGAAAGUUGAAGUCCAGUUUCGGGGAACCUACGUCCACUGUAGCUUUAGUCUAGGCUUAAAAUGUAUUUGUUUACUCAAGCCUACCCUGACUAGACUUUGUGUUACGCUAAGUACAGUCCUAAGCUCUUCUCUCCCUCUCUCCUUCUGUUGAGCCAAACAUGAUUUUAUGGAGAGACUACAGAUCCUGAUCCUUUCUACUCUCCGGACCUGCCUGAUCCGUUUCGGAUGUCCUACGUCUGGAUGUAACUCUCAUCUACUCCAAUUCCAGAUUGCUGGGACUACGGCUGCUUCCAAGGACACACAGACUUCAUAUAAAACCAUAAUGAACUUUUCACACUAACUGUUGUUACCCAAAUGAGGAUGGGUUCCCUUCUGAGUCAGGUUCCUCUCAAGGUUUCUUCCUCUUAGGGAGUUUUUCCUUGCCACCGUCGCCACCGGCUUGCUCAAUUGGGAUAAAUUUGCACAUUUAAAGUCUGUAUAAACACGGUAUAUAUUUCUGUAAAGCUGCUCUGAGACAAUGUCUAUUGUAAAAAGCGUUAUACAAAUAAAAUUGAAUUGAAUUUA